CGCUCGACAACGCUCGAACCACCAGGCACAUGCCCCAUACCCCAACUCGGCUGGUUUUCCUGUCCUCGUAUAUCAUUGUUCCUUGCCAUGAUUUUCUCUAACAAAUGAGACGUAAUUCCUCCACCUCGAUACACGCAUAUACAUAGUUACAUAUAAAAUGGCCGCAUCCUGACGGCCAUCCUGCAACCUCCCAGCAAUCGAGGAAUAACCCUCUCAAUGUUACUGCUUCAUUAGCUCUGUUUCUCACCUUGUUUAUCAAAAGAAGCAUGGGAUACCACUGAUAGACUGUUAUGUCGGCUGAAAUCUAUUUCAGCCUCACCUGUGCUUGUGUUCUACCAAGCACACACUCAAUCUUACUUUGACAAGAGCUCAGCUGGUCUUUGAAUUGAUCCUUAAAGGGAAAAAGCUUUUGGAAUCUUAUCAAUACACGGAUAACAUAUGCAAAACAAUGCACGAUGUCCUUCCCGCCGCCUCGCUCAUUGCUGAAUCCGUACCCGGAGCCACUUCCACCCUAUACUCCGCGCCAGCCCCGCGCCAAUGAGCCAGAAACGGCUUCUAUCCGCUCAAGCGCCCCCUCUUAUGUCUCUGCAGCUCCGUCCUACCAUUCAUCCCCCCCGCCACAUCACACGAGAGCGAGCGAUAUUGGGUCCACGCCGGACAACAGCUUGCCAACCCAAAGCAAUUCUUCGGCACCACCUCCCACGUCAAGCCCUUCACGGCAGACUGGCCUCCCUUCUUCCCAGAGGUAUGCGCCUGGCUUCGAAACAAGGGGCGGCGACUUGUCUCACGUGAACGUUCGGUCACUGUAUAAUAUAUCCGAGUGGGUUCCUGUCACAGGAGGCCUACAGGCUCGACAUUAUCACAAUGUUGCCAAAAGACGAGUGACGGAUGCAUCAAGAUCUCUGUUUCCCUCUUUAUUCUCUGAGCCGGCGCACGGAGCGCGAUAUGAGAAUGCUGGCAUGCCUGAUACGUUCCAGCGACGCUACACCGCUCCAAGCUUGGGUUCUGGUGGCGCUGGUCCUUCUGGAGAGAGUUAUAAUUUAUCUUCUUUGAGCUUAGUAAAUAAUUUCUCUCCGGAAUCGAGCAAUCAUCCUCGAUCACACUCACCCCACAAUGCCACUGGAAGCAGUGUUUCCUUAGACUACUAUCCAGGGAAUCCCUCUUCUGAAGACCUUCCAUUCUAUCCUCUUGAAGAUCCUGAUCUGGUUGGCGAGGCGGCCGCAGCGAGAUUCCGUUCACAGCGCAUUUACAGGACGCUUCAGCAGGAGGAGAACUUUUACCAGCAAACGCAACAUUCUGGGUCAAAUGCCCGGCAGCACGAACCCAGGCAUCCUGAUCACGUAUAUCAGUACAGCUCGCUGAUCGCCGAAGCCGACAAUCUAAAUAUCCGUCAGCGACCAUCCACUGCCCCUGGCUUGUCAUCCCACGAACCAUUUAACGCAGGUUCAGCCGGUCCAUCAAACCCUGAAGAAACUGUAGACACUCUUCAGCGCUCUAAUACGGUGGUUGAUUAUGAUGAACUUCUUCGUGCUCAAGAGUCAAAAACCUGGGACUGCAUGCUCGCACAGAUGGCCGACUGGGAGGAGCGCCAGCGCAACUGGAAGAAGUUCAAAGACGACUUGGAUAAGAGAUUGAACUCCAGUCUCAAGAUCGGCAUGGGUUGGAGUAUGUGGUCGCCUGGUGGCGGGAGAAGAAAGUUGAAAAAAGAGCAAUUUGGUAGCCAUCCGGGCCUGAAGAAGUGGAAGAGCAAGGUUGGUUUAGCAAACUGAGAAGAAGCUGUUUACUAGCUUUUUAUUUUAUUUUAUUUUAUUUUUCUUUCUUUCUUUCUUUCUUUUUUUUUCCUGGGAAAUUCUUUUGUGUUUUUCUUCUCAUAUUUCAAAGAUUGAGGACUUUUUGAAGUGCUGCGAAACGGAUUUAGCCGGUUGAGCCCCUUUUUGGAAAUAGAAUGAGUUAUGCAAGGCUAUGAUUUACUCUUUUGUGCGACUUGACACGCCAUUCCGGUGCCAUGCUUGAUUGAUGAAUUUGAGGUCCUUCUAGCACCACGAUACCGGAAGUGUUAGCUUUGGGCGGCUCCAUUGCUUGAAUUUCGAUGACUCGCAUUCUGUUCCACAUUCGAUGCAUUUUUCGGUGCUUCUUUGCGGUUUCGUCUCUUGCCUCGGGGCGGUGUGCACCCCCAGCCGCUUUUUAAGGCCAAUUCUAGAGUGCUCCGCACGCAGAACUAAUGUAAGGUGAUUUUCUUCCGUCAAUGACUUUGAAAAUGACUAAAUGGAUUGAAAAAAGAAAGAUAAGUAAACGAGCAUCAAAUUUUAAUUUG